GUAUUUGUAAUGUGUCCUUGUAGUUUCUCUGUGGCCACUUAUGGUCCGUGCGCACACCUUUCGCUGCGGGCUGAUUUCCAGGCCCUCCUACCUUAAAACCGAACUUGACGAAUGACGUACGCACUAUUGUGACAUAUGUUCCCACAGAUUACACGAAGCGUAUCAAAAGCUUUUUACCACGUAGCAAGGAACAUGGGUUUAUCGUGUGAGCCAUAGCCCGGAAUUUUUUCACUUGACACAGUUAACUACACUUGUACCGUUUGGACUCUGGUGACCCUUGAGGGCCGUCCCCCCAUCCUUUCGACUGUUCGACCUUUCAAUUCCCGUGCUUUUGAAUCCAAUUCACUGUAUCUGAUACACGCCUUUUGGGACUCACCAAUGGAGGGUACCGUUGAUUAUGCCCAGAUUAUUGUCCGUUUUAGUGUACACAGAUUACACGAACCAUUCAUCAGAAACUGUUGGCCACGUGGCAAGAAAAAUGGGUUCAUCUCGUGGUCGUUACGAGAAAAACGCUCUUAGGGUAUGCGGGGACUGGUCGGAACAGCUUAGUUCUAAGGGAAAGAUAUACUUUUACAACUGCAUAACAGAGGUAUCACAGUGGCAAAAGCCUCCUGAAUGGAAAUUGCCGGAUAUGGAACCCGAUGAAUUGCUAACGCGACUGAGUAACCGAGAACACAUGCAGAUCGAUGGUAAAAAUCUCAAGCGUUCUCGUUUACAAGUUGUGGGCGAGGCGCGCCAGGUCAAGGAUGUCGUAUAUGAUGAUCGCUGUGGUUCUCCUAAACGCGGUAAAUAUUGCGGUAAUGACCAGUCAGCCUCCUGCGACCUGCAGCUUCGCCCGACGAGCCAUGAUGAACCCUCGAGAGUGUUCGCGCACCGUGUGCGGGCGGCUCCCCGCUCCAGUCCCAGAAGGAAUUGCUUUCAGAGCGCUGGCUUAACUGCGCAUCCCCGUCGCCCCCUUUCGGAUGCCUUACCUCUAAGGGCCCUUCCUGCAGAUGACAUGGACAUUUCACCUGGUAGUUCACCGAUGUCUGAAGGGAGUUCCCCUAUGGUCAACCAUCGUUCUCCUUACCCUUCCAAGGUUCUUCGUACAGGUCUCUUCUGUCGUGACAGUGUGCAAAUGUCAGAUACUGAUUCAUCGAAGGUCCACAGAGAGUUAGGAACUCGCAACGGCACAAGUUCAAGGACCAGUUUCUCUGGUCAACCCUCUGGGACGUUACGUCAGCUAGUGGAUGCCAUCCGAGCGUCUAUUGGCAGUCUUCUUGAUCAGUCACCAGUCACUGUUUCUGGAUCCCCGACAAUGAAGUCACGUCGAGGAGAAUGUCGGUCCACAUUCCCGGACUCUGCUCGCUUCGACGAUCCCUGUUCUUUUGUCACCCAGCACAUCACGGCACCCAAAAAGCCCAUGGAUGAUCGCCGAUUGCCAUCUCCAAGACAAGGCUCUGAAAGAGAGCUUUGUGCCCUCUCGAAUGCAGAUAAACGCCAAUUACCACCUGGCUAUUAUGUCCCUCGGGAAAAUAUGAAUCUCCAUAACAAGCUGCCUUCAUCUUCUCUCACGAGCCUGCCUAUUCCCUCGGCCCCCAAGCACGCCAACAGUGUUAGUAAUUGUUCUGAUGGUUCAGUCGAUUACUGCACAUUGCCCCCUAACGAGAACUUGAACUUUCAUCAGUCCAACUCGUCUGUGGAUCCUUUGUCCCAUCGCUCGCAUAUAAAAUCCUGCCGAUCUACUGCCGAAUGCAAUGAACCUUCUAAGUCGAUCUUGAUUGCUACAUCGCACCUUGAUUCCAACUCGAUAGACGCAACUCCGUGCCGCGACCUUUUAUCACCCAGCUGCUCUUCCCAUAGUUCUCGGGCUCGGUCCCAAAUGACAGAAGAGUUAGGUGACUCUACCAGCCGGCCGUGUCGUUCUUUGGACAUUCAACCCCUCUUGAAUUCUCCCCUGACUACAAUCAGCAAUAGGAAACCCUCAGAUUCAAUAACUGAUAGCUGCGAAGCAUCGCCAUUGGUUCAUUCCAGAUCAGACAUUCGGCGCAACUCGUUCGUUGUCUGCGACUCAAUCGCGGCUUCGUCAGUCUCCACUUCUAAUCCUUCCUGCCCUUCAUCCUACGCGCCGAUUUGUGCUAACGUUCCUGAUGAUUCCGCUCCUCUCAGGUCUAACAACAUGUCAUUUUCCUCCGAUGAUCCUUCACAUGAAGAACAUUGUGACCGACUAACUCAAAUUCUCAAUUCCCCUAGGACUCAAAGUUUCAUUGACCCAGUUAUGCUGACUAAAUUCUCCGACAAAACUGUCGACCGUCUAGAACAGGAGGCCCUUUUAGAGGCGCGAAAGUUCGACAGACUUCAGAGCGUUUUGUACGGCGAGUUGUCCGCGGAAUCUAAGAAGUUGCGUGCGCUGGUGCGUAUCAGCGAAGCCAAACUAGCCAUUCAUCGCGAAAAACAAACAGCUCUCCAAGAACUGAUGGAUGCGAUUGAAACAAGGAAGCAGUUACCGAAUUUGUCUUUCUCCGAUGACAUCGUAUGACUCUACUCGAGUCUUUUCUUAACGCGUAAUAUUUUCAUUUGCUCUCGUACACUUGUCUCGGUGUAUCUUGGAAUGGUUAUUUCUUCGGGUUUGUUCUGGUUUGAUCCACUACCAAAGCAGUGAGAACCCUUCGGUUGGACACUGCUGCCAUUGCUGACAAAAUGAUCAGCUCUAUUACUGAAGCACAGUCGCCCCGGUCCCUUGCUGUGUGCAGCACCUGACUUUCGCUCCCUUUCUCGAAGUAUCUUAUUUUCCUACUGAACUCAACUUCUACCAUUGUGUAAUGCUGCCGUAAUUGAAUCGUAGUUAUUUCUGAUCAAUUGUACAGUUGUGUACUUUAUAGACAUACAGAUUGAAUUGCACGUAUUUAUUUUGCAAAAAGCAGCACAAACGCCCUGUGUCCUAGAUUCUUUUUACCCUGAUAUUACACACUCACAACCU